GCCGCCAGAGUUCAAAUCUCCAUCGCUUCUGAGAGAACAAAAACAUGGCCACGAGGAAAUAUUUUCGCAGAUCAAUUCAGGAAAGAAACCGUAUACUCGAGAAAUAUGACCAGCUCCCUCCAAUGUCCCAAAGAGCUGCAGCGCGUCUGCUAAACAUCUCAGGCCCGCUGCUUUGCAUCUGGCUCCGGAGAAGGAAUAUUAAAAAUGCCAAGGCUAACCUUCCCAGGACUGUCUUUCCAUCUCGCAAGACGCCUCGAGUAACGUUAGAAGCGGCACUCUGGAGGUGGAUCGAUACUUCUCAUGAGAACGGAAUUACAGUAGAUGAUUCAACGAUUCGUAAAAAAGCGACUCUGAUAGCUACAGAAAUGGGCCUCUGUAAUUUCAUGGCGAGCACAGAGUGGUUGGCACGCUUCAAAACACGGGAGACAGUGAUACGAAAGAUGUUCCAGGUCGACCGAAAAACGGUAAACGCGCCAAAAGAGCCCAAAUCCGGUAACGAUAACAAAGCGGCGGAGACUAAAAGCAAACUUACAGCCAAAAAGACGCAUCGCAUCGAAGCCGCACUGUGGCGGUGGAUCGAUCAUUCUCGUGAGAGCGGCAUCCGCGUGGAUGAAUCGACGGUUCGUUCAAAAGCGGCUCGGUUGGCCAGGACUGUGGGUUACCGUAACUUCAGAGCGAACACGGACUGGUUCACCCGCUUUAAAACACGAGAGGGAAUCGUACGAGCGAUGUUCCGGAUCGGCCCAAAUAAUCGAUCUUCUAAUAAUAAGACGGUAGCACAACUGGUACCAAGGAUGGAUUUCACAUCUACAAAGACUCGACAACUUGAAGCCGCGCUUUGGAGAUGGAUCGAUCAUUCUCGAGAGAACGGUGUUAUUACAGAUCAAAUGAUUCGUUCAGAAGCGACUCGGUUGGCUAGGAUGAUGGGGUUCGGGAACUUUCGAGCAAACGCAGACUGGCUCAACCGAUUUAAAACCCGUGAGAAAGUUGUACGAGAGAUGCUCGAGUUCGAACAGUAUUUAGAAAAUCCACAAAGCGACCAAACUGAGGACAGAAGUGCGUCUGAUCAAGUUACCCAACAAUCUGACGAGAGCGUAACGGAGCAGUCCAGCGAUGAAAGUGACGCACUAACGGAUCUGGACAUCCCGAAACUCGAACCGACGGUGGUCUCGGCUGAGCUCAACGGUGAUUUACACACGGUCACUGUACCUUCACUGUGGCAAAUGAAGGAGGCUAUGAAAACACUGGCUACCGGGUUACUGUACAGAGGAUUCUGCGACUUUGAACUUCUUCAUCAAUUUGAAAAAGAGGUUAACACUGUUUUGAGAAGAUCUGUGGCCCUAAGAACGCACAGCGGCUCUCAAGCAUAACAUUCUGGGACUUAAGUGCUUUGUAGAUUUUUAGAGACUGGUCCAUAAUGUAAAUAUAAUAGUGUUUAUUUCAACACAAUCAUAACGGGACAGGUGCAGCACCGGCUCUCUCAGAUGACCACAUGGGGGCGCCAAGUGUUUGUUAUAACUAACACAUUCUCAUAUGUUCAAAACGUGCUUCCAUCACCUAUUAUUAAUUUUUUUAACCCAGUUUUUAUUUUGCAACAUUAAUGUUACAUUAUCGUAAGUGCUUAAGUUGUCCUACGAGUUUGAUUUAAAUGUUUAAACACUGUUAAAUUACUGACUUUAUUUUUACACAAAAAUAAAAGCUUUUGAUAAAAAUCUGUUGACUUUCAUUUAUUUAUUUAAUUUUUUUAUUAUUAUUUUUACAUGAAAAACAGUUAGUUAGACCAAACAUUUGCCUUUUUAAAAAGCCACUGAAGCUUAUGAAGCAAGACCGAAUAAAUGACCAACCUCCUAUUUGAGUAGGGCUGUGUAACCUAAUUUGCAUAAACAUGAGUAAUUUAUGAAUAAUAAAUGUCCUUGUAUUCAGCGCGAUCCAUUAAUUUGCAUAUCACCAUGGCACUACAGUUAUUUUUCCUGUGUGUUGUGCUACCAUGAAGCGAUAAGAACCUGCAUAAAACAGAAUCAAAAGGGCAGGAAGAUGCCGAUGGCAGAACGUUUUCUUGUUUGAUUUGUUGGAACUGACACUCUGCCAGCAAACACAGGACACAAUAUGAGUUUUUCACCACCAGUGGUGACUUAUGGAGGAGUCAGCUCCUAUGGCCUUCUGGGAUACUAUAGCCGGAACAUGCCUCCAGCCACUGCGCCCGGCAACUACCUCCAGUGGCAACAAUUCCCCAGUGACAAAUACUUCUGUACAGGAUCACCACUAUGACCACACAAAGACUAGCCGCACAUGAGCAGGGCUGGAAUCUUGUCAUAUCUGCGAUUGUGGAAAUAAAUCUCUCGUAUGAAUCAACUUCUCUCCAAGUUUUCUCAGAGACAUAUUGUAUUGAUAACACGUACAACUAAGAACAUCCUAUGUUUUUUCAUGCAUUAUUUCUCUCUUAUUAUCUUCCAUAAUUUAGUCAUUCAUUGUUGAAACAAAAAUAAUGCUCACUAUCCUUAGCUAAUUUCCUUUUAAGGCAAUAAUACCAGGUUACUAUUCCACCAAAUACAAAUUCAUCAAAAAAUAAUAACUGCAUAGAGUAUUAUAAUUAACAAAUUUACUCAAAUGCAUUAGUUGCUCAGGCAAAUUUUCUGCAUUUAUUCAUUCUUAAAGAGAUAGUUCACCCAAAAAUGAAAAUAAGCCUGUGUUUUACUCACCCUCGUGAUGUAGGCUUAAUGAAAGGCGUAACAUAAGAUCAGGGGGAGUCACACUUCUCCCCGGAGCUUAAUCUCGCGAGACUUGAGCGACUGGAAGCUGGACAUUAUAGUUUAUAAAGUUUUAAGAAUCAACAUUUUUCUUAAACUAAUGCAUUGUUUCACUUAAAAACGGCCUUUAUUAAUACCCCGGAGCUGUGUGGAGUAGUUUUAUGAUGGAUGGAUACACUUUGUUCUGAUUCAGGUACAGGGGCACCAUUCACUGCAAUUACACAGAUUGGAACAGACAGGACAAUUUCGAAUAUAACUCUGAAUGUGUUCAUCUGAAAGAGGAAUGUCAGACACGCCUAAGAUGCCUUGAGGGUGAAUAAAACACAGGCUAAUUUUUGUUUUUUGGGUAAACUAUCCCUUCAAAAGGGAAAAGGCUCUCUGCUUCAUUAUGAAAGCUUAGUCACUUAUAAUGCAAAUAAUAAAGAAACACACUUACAGGUAUUUGUUCUCUGUUUCCACUCAUACAUACGUUGAGUAUCUUCAGCGAUAGUGCUGGUAUGCUGGAAUCUAAAUGGUGGUGUCCCACGGGGGCUUCGGUUGACUGCUUGCUGACCUUUGCUGCCCUCAGACCACUAGCCACAGUUCAAACAAGAGGCACAAGGGACACAUCAAGGGCAACGAAGGGUUAAAAAGGAUUAUAGAUCAGCGGACAUAUGCCCGGUGAAGGCCGCUUGACCGAAACAUUGUUAUAAAUACUGUUUGUUUUUGAAAGCUAUGGUAGUGCGUGAUAUUUUUUCAUUAAUUUUCUUUAAAUAGAUCAACACACAAAGAAUGUGUUUGUUUGACUCUUAUAAUACUAUUUUAGUACAAAACAAAUGUUUGGGUUUUAUGAUCUACACCUUUUUUCUGAAUGCAAUAUUAAAGUAAUUGAUGUUUUCAUUAUUGUGCAUUGCAAUAAAAUACAAUUAUUAAUAAAUGAUUGUUAUUCUACAUUUAUGAAUAUGUAAUGCAAAUUGAUAUAUUUAUUUUUCAAAUUUUAAUUAAACAUUUACAAUCUUUCCAGGUUCAA